AAAGACUAAUAUGGAAAAUUAUCUUGGCUGUUUUCUAGAGUAGGUCAAAAGAAAUCUAAAAACAAAAGAUCUCUAGUCCUAGAUAAUUCUUUAGUGGGCAACAUAGUUGUAGAGACGCUCAAAUGCCUCAAGAAUAAUUUCGAUACGUUUCUAUUUAUUAGACAACGCACUAGUUUACAGGUCUGUUCUUUAUAGAUGAACUAGUGCAGCCGGUUCAGCUAUAAAGAACAGACCCUGUAUUCGCGCGAAUAUACACGUCGAAGAACGAUGUAUCGAUCAAACAGUCGAUUGUAGGUUAGAGUUACCUCCGCGUCUCCGCGAUACUCCGCAUGAGUCCGCCAUACGAUUCUUCAGCGAUGGAUUAAAGUGAGGCGACGAUUGAUGUGAAUAGAACGAAACGUUUAUUGCCUCAAGUAUGAAUUAAGUCGCCGCUUGUAAUGUGUUCUCAGCUCGGAUCUUUCCUCUCUUUGCCGAUGUGACGCCUUUGAUCCUGCUCCGGAAUUACAUAGCGCCGUUUACUUAAUUUUAAGAUGGAUUAACGAGAAAAUAGAGGAGAGAGAGAGAGAGCAGCCUCGUUUUGGAAUCUAUACACCGGAGAAAAUUGUCAGAACGUCGGGAUCCUGAAAGAGACCGGAAAUGUUCAAGAACACCUUCCAAAGUGGUUUCCUGUCCAUCCUGUAUAGCAUUGGCAGCAAGCCCUUGCAAAUCUGGGAUAAGAAGGUAAGGAACGGGCACAUCAAGAGGAUUACCGACAACGACAUCCAGAGCCUUGUUCUGGAGAUAUUGGGCAGCAACGUGAGCACAACGUACAUCACGUGUCCCGCGGAUCCGAGGAAGACUCUGGGUAUAAAGUUACCCUUCUUGGUGAUGAUUAUUAAGAAUCUGAAGAAGUACUUCACGUUCGAGGUCCAGAUAAUCGAUGACAAGAAUGUACGCCGCAGAUUUCGUGCCAGCAAUUAUCAAUCGACUACGAGAGUGAAGCCAUUCAUAUGUACUAUGCCGAUGAGACUGGACGACGGUUGGAAUCAAAUACAAUUCAACUUAGCUGACUUCACACGCCGUGCCUAUGGAACAAAUUAUGUGGAAACACUGAGGGUCCAAAUUCACGCCAAUUGUAGGAUACGACGAGUAUACUUUUCUGAUCGAUUGUACUCGGAGGACGAAUUGCCGGCGGAAUUUAAAUUAUUCUUGCCCAUUCAAAACAAGGCGAAAUGUUGAGAAUUAGCCACAAAAAUACGCGUGCUUUUAGUAAAAAAAUAAAAACGAAUCGUUCGAUGUUUCUUUAAAAAUUUAAAAGAUAAUUCUAAAUAAAAGAUAAUUUAUUUAAGUUUGCCUUAACUUUGUGUGUUGCUCAAAAACUAAGUGUAAUGUAAUAUAAUUAAGAUUGACUUUUUACUUUUAGUAGAGAGAAAGAGAAUAUAUGUAGACCAUGUUUCAUGUA